AUGUCUCGGCGACUUUUCUUUCGUGUCUUGCAGGGCAUCUUGUUGCUGACAAAUUCUGGACAACAGCCUGAUGGUUACCUGACAGAGGAACGCAAAAAUGCCGACCCUGACCAGGGAUUCAGCACCUUCUUCUCUGAGACCGGCCAGGGCAAAUAUGUUCCCCGAACCAUCUACUGUGACCUUGAACCCAAUGUUGUUGACGAGGUCCGCACCGGCCCCUACCGCAGCUUGUUCCACCCGGAGCAGAUGAUUACCGGAAAGGAGGAUGCCUCGAACAACUAUGCUCGUGGCCACUACACCGUCGGCAAGGAGAUGAUCGACGAGGUCCUCGACAAGGUCCGCCGUGUCGCCGACAACUGCUCCGGCCUGCAAGGUUUCCUUGUCUUCCACUCCUUCGGUGGUGGUACCGGUUCCGGUUUCGGUGCUCUGCUGAUGGAGCGCCUGUCGGUCGACUAUGGCAAGAAGUCCAAGCUGGAGUUCUGUGUGUACCCUGCUCCUCAGAAUGCUACUUCUGUCGUGGAGCCCUACAACUCCAUUCUCACGACGCACACCACACUGGAGCACUCUGACUGCAGCUUCAUGGUUGACAACGAGGCCAUUUACGACAUCUGUCGUCGCAACCUCGGCAUUGAGCGCCCCAGCUACGAGAACCUGAACCGUCUGAUUGCUCAGGUCGUCUCGUCGAUCACCGCCUCUCUCCGUUUCGAUGGUUCUCUCAACGUCGACCUGAAUGAGUUCCAGACCAACCUGGUUCCCUACCCGCGUAUCCACUUCCCUCUGGUGGCCUUUGCUCCUGUUGUCUCUGCCGCCAAGGCGUCGCACGAGUCGAAUUCGGUGAACGAGAUUACCAUGUCCUGCUUCGAACCUAACCAGCAGAUGGUCAAGUGCGACCCUCGUAACGGCAAGUACAUGGCAAUUUGCCUGUUGUACCGUGGAGAUGUCGUCCCUAAGGAGACCCACGCUGCUGUCGCGACUCUGAAGACCAAGCGUACGGUCCAGUUUGUUGACUGGUGCCCGACUGGUUUCAAGAUUGGUAUCUGUUACCAACCGCCCCAGAUGGUUCCCAACGGCGACCUCGCCAAGGUUGAGCGGGCUGUCUGCAUGUUGUCCAACACCACUGCUAUCGCCGAGGCCUGGUCUGCCCUCGACCACAAAUUCGACCUCAUGUAUUCCAAGCGCGCUUUCGUGCACUGGUACGUCGGCGAGGGUAUGGAGGAAGGCGAGUUCUCCGAGGCUCGUGAGGACUUGGCCGCUCUUGAGCGUGAUUAUGAGGAGGUUGCAAGUGACUCGGUUGAGGAGGACGAAGCGGCUGAGGCCGAGUACUAG